AAAGGAGGGGUUGAAUUUGCCGACAUAGCCGUCAACAGCUCCGUUUCUCCAACGCACAAUGAGAUUUAGCACACAUUGAAGAUAAACAUCCGACAGCUCUUUGGCCAUUUCGAAACUUUAAACAAGACUAAAGAUUCAUUUGCCUCUUUGUUUCCCUUUCAUUUGUGUGUGAGAUUCGAAAGAAGCUCCAAAGAGCGAGGAUGUUGCUCCCUGUGGGAAGAUAAUGAAGAGGCUGCGUGUUCUGGUUCUGGUGUCCCUCAUUGUAGCUCUCCUUUGCUGGUACCCCAAUCAUCAUGCCUAUUGUUCAGAGCACAGCUUGUCUGACCCAGAUCAGCCUGCUUGGGACAAAGACAACAACCCUGAUGACCAUAAGCAGGAGCAGGACUCCGUGCAGGUUCAGACUGUGAAUCCACCGGUAGUUGAGGAGGAAGAGGAAGUAUCAAAAUCAGACACGGAGUCUGAUCCUCUGCUUGCUGCUCCUGAGCCAGAACUCUCGUCAGAAUCCGUGAUUGAGACAGACCUACGGACCGAAGCACAGGACCAGGAUGGUGACCAGUCAGUUACAGUCUCCUCCACGUUGGCAGAGCCAGUUCCAGAACAGCACCACAUGUCCAGCGAGACCCCAGUCCCCACAGAGCUCCUUGGCGACGAGGCUGCCACACAUCUGCUCCCUGAGCCAGACUCAGCUGCACCCGCACAAGAUGUGAACGACACACCUACCUCACAGAGUGAUACUUUGACUCCAAUAGAAGAGGCUAACAAGGAGGACCAACAGCCAGACCAGAGCCAGGAUUCGGGGGCUGAAGCAGUGGUCCUGUCAACUUCGGCCCAUGUGGAACAGCAACAGGAGGAGGAACACGAGAAGCAACAGCAGGAGGAGGGACGGGCUGAGGUGCAGCAUGACAACGCCUCCUUGCAUCAGCAGCAGGUGGGGGAGGCUGGUACUAGCAAGGACUCAGACCCAUCAGUUCCCAGCAAGGAUGACAUCCCAACCUUUGAUGAGUGGAAGAAACAAGUCAUGGAAGUGGAGAAGGAGAAAAGUCAGAAUCUCCACACGGCUGCCAACGGCAUCGCCCAGCCAGUGAAAAAAGUCCAGAAAAACUUCAAGAAUAACUACGCCUCGGUAGAAUGUGGCGCAAAGAUACUCUCUGCAAACAAUGAGGCCAAGAGCACGUCGGCUAUUCUCAUGGAGAAUAUGGACCUUUACAUGCUGAAUCCCUGCAGCAACAAAAUCUGGUUUGUGAUUGAGCUCUGUGAGCCCAUUCAAGUCAAGCAGCUGGACAUUGCCAACUUUGAACUCUUCUCGUCAACGCCUAAAGACUUUGUUGUCUCCCUAAGUGACAGGUACCCUACCAACAAGUGGGUGAAGCUGGGCACGUUCCAUGCCCGCGACGAACGCAUCGUACAGACUUUUCCGCUGGAUGAACAGCUCUAUGCUAAAUAUGUGAAGAUGUUCAUCAAGUACAUAAAGGUUGAGCUGCUUUCGCACUUUGGUUCAGAACACUUCUGUCCCCUCAGUCUCCUCAGGGUGUUUGGUACCAGCAUGGUGGAGGAGUAUGAGGAGAUAGCCGAUUCCCAGUAUCCUUCUGAAAGGCUGGAUUACCUGGAUGAAGACUGCGACUACCCGCCCGGCUAUCAACCGCCAGAAGACAAGUCGUCAAAAAACCUGCUCGGCUCCGCAACAAAUGCAAUCCUCAACAUGGUCAACAACAUUGCUGCUAAUGUGCUGGGGGGUAAACCAGAGCUCGAGGACCAAGCAGGGGCAGAAGGUAACGGAACAGAAGUGUUGACCAACAAGGAGGGGAACAGGGAGGUUGCCCCUGUGACGCCAGUGGAAAUCCCUCAAGGCUCGACUGUCGAGAAACCUGCUGAGCCAGAAGAGCACACAUCUCCCGAGGACGCCGACGUUUCCUCCACACCUGCCUCCUCUCUCGAGCCCCAGACAGACAGACAGAUAGUCACUCUGGUGGAAGAAGAAGAGGAUGAGGAGCCCCAACAGUCUACAGUCACCCUUUUGGAGGAGGAGGAAGAGGAGAAAAGUGAGGAGGCGGGAGUGGAUAGGGAGAGUUUGGUGUACUGUCCUUAUUUGUCCCCGUUGUCGCUGUCGUGCCUGGCCACGCUACCUGAGCUGCUCUACCAAUGGUGUUCCGCCGUAUUGGCCGAGGAGCGACUCUGCAAACUCCAAAUCCAGACACGCCCCGUUGGUAACACCCCCACCAUCACACCUCCAAAUAUCCCUCCUCCUCGAAUCCCUGUACUCUCACCGUCACCGGAAGCCCUUCCCCUCACUGAAAAAGCUCCUGAGCUCGAGGUGCCUCUCACGGGCCGAAAUGACUGCCAGCUUUUGGGAGAGGCCCCCGUCGUGCCACACGCGGACCCCCAGGCGCACACGACACUGCCAGAAAUCCAGCUGGAACCCAGCAGGACGUCCACCCUUCACCCGCAUAGCUUUUCGGACAUCCAAGCUUCCAUGACUCCCACCCAACAGGACAUGCUGCUCCCUCCCAUUAAGGACCCCGAUCUAAACCCCAUCCCCACUCCACCCCUCAAGGCUGCUCCGGUACCCGAAACGCAGCAGUUGAGUGCCACCCCACCUGCAUUGUCGGAGAUUCCCCUGCAACAGCUUCCCACACGAGCGACGGAUACUCUGGAUGCUGCCCUCCCCACCUCUAAGGAACAGGAUCUUCCGACUGCAUCGCGCCCCGAAGACCUAAUCCCCCACCCCACGGAACAGCUGAUGGCGCUCCCCUUGAUAGACUCUGACACAUUUAGCGAUCUGCAGAAAAAACCCCAGCAAAAACCUAACACUCCUCCAGAAGACCAUGCGGACCCUCAUGGGGGUGUACCCCACAAGGCAAUCGACAUUGCAGAGGAUGACAUGUUAAACGGUAACACGCACCGGGCGGCUACCGAUUUCUACGCCGAGCUGCAGAACGGCGGGGACUACAACAGCGGCACGGCGGCCGGAAACGGCGCGGUAGUGCACAGCUCCAGCCAGAAGGAGAGCGUCUUCAUGAGGCUCAACAACAGGAUUAAAGCCUUGGAGAUGAACAUGAGUCUGUCUGGGAGAUAUCUGGAGGAGCUUAGUCAGAGAUACCGCAAGCAGAUGGAGGAGAUGCAGAGGGCGUUCAACAAGACUGUCAUCAAACUGCAGAACACCUCGCGGAUUGCUGAAGAGCAGGACCAGAAGCAGCAGGACUCCAUCCAGGUUCUGCAGAGUCAGCUGGAGAACGUCACCAAACUGAUGCUCAAUCUCACCGCGACAGUCAUCCAGCUUCAGAAAGAGAUAUCUGACCGUCAGAGCUACCUGGUGGUCUCUCUGGUCCUGUGCGUGUCUCUGGGCCUGCUCGUGUUCCUGCAGUGGUGCCGCAACUCCUGCGCCGCCCCCAGGGCGGACGCCGCCUCCGCCCCAGCGACGCUGCCCAAAAGCAACCACUACCCCAGCCCCAAGAGAUGCUUCUCCUCCUACGACGACAUGAGCCUCAAGCGCAGGGUGGCGUGUCCGCUGGUGCGCUCCAAGUCCUUCCACCUGUCUUCCACAGAAGUAGGUCCAGAUGACUUGUACAUUGUAGAGCCUCUAAGAUUUUCUCCAGAGAAAAAGAAAAAACGCUGUAAAACAAAAUCUUUAGACAAAGUGGAAACAGUGACUCCCUCGUACCCUUUUGCUCAUCUCACCAACGGGGACAUCAAGUGCAACGGCUUCCACCCAUGCCUUCCCCCUCCGCUCCCCGUCGUUCCACUUUCCCUUCACCUCCCACUACCGCCCCUUCCUCUUCCUCCCCCCCUUUCAUCUCCUACUGAGGACGCACCACAGUUACCCCCCAACUCCUCAAAAGAGUCCCCCUCAGAGGCCAGCAGCUCCAGCUCGUUCACCCACUCCGAGGAGUCGUUCGCCGGGCGACUGCCGCCUCCCUCGCCAGUCUACUCCUGCGCCGAGCUCCCCCUGGCGGCGCCCCUGCAGCCCUCUCGGCCGCCGGCCAUCCCCCCCACCAAGUCCCGGCAGGAGAGGCGCUCCACCAAGCGGCGGAAGUCGCGGCAGACGGAGCUAGCGGGCGGGCGCGUGGCCUCGCUGCCGAGCCUGCGGCAGCUCAUGAAACAGAGCAAGGAACUCGGCGUGGGCACCAUCAGGGUGACGGCAGUCAGCGGACAAGUCUGAAGAACUUCUUCCCAAAGAACCCCAUUUGCCCUCGUUCACUACAGUCAAAAGACCUUUUAAAUGGUUACGUGCCUUGAUGACCCCCUUUUAAUCGGUGUUGAAAACACACAAAUGUUUGCGAGGACAAGUCCUUUUGAAUUGUGCAUCCACAAAGUAUUCAAAGCAUGUCACAGUGAGAGAAUGAGUUACAAAAUCUUUUAUUCUUUGUUUUGUUUUGUUUUUUGUGUGCGUGUGUGUGUCCUCUCAUCCAUUGUGGCUUGCCAUUAUGACUCCAGGGACCACCAUCUUUGUUCAUCGAUUCCUUCCCAACUGUUGUUAGUUUAUUCCCUCAGCAGCCUGAUGAAGAAAACUCUAACUUGGUAUUUUCCUGACUCAAUUUUAAAUACUAAGUUCAGCAGCAGCAGCAGCAGCAUCCAUGACUUUUUCCCUCAAAAACCUUUCCAAUUUUUGAAAAAAUAUGAUUCAUUGUAAGUAAAGUGUGUUUUUGUUGAAUGUCUCGCAGGAAAAAAAUGUGAAAGAUCAUCCGCAAUAUUGGAUAAUUUUUUCCAACUCUACACGGCUCUAUUGCAAAUGUACGAAGACUAUUCUCGACAAUACUUUUUUUUUUUUCCUUAGGUUUUUCUCAAAUAUAAUUUCUGCUACUUGACUGUCUUUCCUGUAACUGAGCCAUCCUGGCCGCACACAAGUCCGAAAGAGUAGUUUUAUUUAUUUAUUUAUUUUUGCACACUGGCUGGCCAGUCACAGUAAAAGAAGUGAGAAUAAGAGCUAAGUAAUACUUGUACAUGCAAAUACACUCGUGGGUACUGAUGCAUAGCAGAUAACACUUAUUUCACAUUAAGUAUGAAUGAAAUUACUUUAUUAUUCUGCUGCUCUGCUGCUGCUUUCUGGUCUGGAAAACUAGUGAGGAGCAACAAUUAUUCAAGUUGGGAUUUUUUUUUUUUUUUUUUUUUUGUCUGCUGCUUCCAAUAGGAUCUUUUCUUUGCUCCUCUAUGAAAUAUUUGUUUCAUGUAUUUUAAAAAGUGUUUUCUGAUAGGCUCUGAGUGGUUUUAACUUGACAGAGCCUGGGAACCCCUCAUUUCUUAACCUUUUUUUUUUCUUUUUUUUGCACAAUUUUCCUGACUGUGAAGGAGUUUAACAUUGUAUUAUUUGUGCUUUGUGAGAUUGUGUCUUGUCCUUUUUUUGUUGACUCACUGAAGGUUUGCGUGGCUUUUGUUUUAAAGGGAAACAGGCGAAGAUGGUUGUAUGGAACACUGUUCAUGUCUUUUAAUUUUUUUUUUUUUUAAUGUUUUGUGUCUGCGCUCAUGAGAUUACUCCCCUCCCCCCCUCGUGUUACAAGAGACUACUUUGAUUAUACUUAACACGGUGAGACUGUGCACUUUUCAAUGACUCCUCUUGCCUAUUUUUUUUUUUUUGUACAUUUUGAAGCGUUCAUGUUUUUCUCCUUCACAUUCUGUGAUUCCUCUGAAAAGCUGCACAGUUUAUUUUAUUUUUUUGAGCAGGAGUGAGUUGCUACAAAAGCUGUAGUGCCAUUAGAAACUGUGAAUUUCUAAAUAAAACCUUUGUCAGCUUUCA